AUGAGCUAUCCACCUGAUAUUAGGAAUCAGGCACGGAAUGAUGAGUCUGAAAAUUCAUUAAAUCAAGGAAAUUUUCUUGAAUUAUUAAAAGUUUUGGCUUCAUGUAAUGAAGAAAUUAAUAAUGUUGGGUUGAAAAAUGCUCCUAACGAUCUCAGACUCACAUCUCCUGAUAUUCAAAAAGAUAUCAUUAAUGCACCUGCAACUGAGACAACAAAGGCUAUUAUAAUAGAUUUGGGAGAUGAUUUGUUCUCUAUUUUAGUUGAUGAAUGUCGAGAUGUAUCAAUUAAAGAGCAAAUGGGAGUUGUCAUAAGAUAUGUCAAUGGAUCUGGAUGUGUCAUUGAAAAAUUUAUUAGUCUUGUGCAUGUCCAUAAUACAAGUGCAGCAUCUCUUAAAAAAGGUAUUGAGUCUUUGCUCUCUACUUAUGGCUUGAGUAUAUCUAGUUUGAGAGGUCAAGGCUAUGAUGAAGCUAGUAAUAUGCGAGAUGAAUUUAAUGGCCUUAAAAGUUUGAUUUUGAAGGACAACUCUAGUGCUUAUUAUAUCCAUUAUUUUGCUCAUCAACUCCAACUCACACUUGUUGCUGUUGCUAAAAUGCAUUCAAGUAUAGGUUCUUUUUUUAAUACUAUUACUUGUUUGGUAAAUGUUCUUGGAGGUUCUUGUAAACGCAGGGAUAUGCUUCGAGAAAAGCAACUAGAGAAAGUGUUUGAAGGAAUUGCAAAAGGUGAAAUUAAAAUUGGACAAGGUCUAAAUCAAGAAAUGUAUAUUGGAGAAAAUGGUAGUGAUGAUCCACAAAGGGCUGAAGCAAUUGAUUUGCUAGAUAUUAUGAAUCGAUUUGAAUUUAUCUUUGUGUUACAUCUUAUGAAAAAGAUUUUGGGAAUCACACAUGAGUUAUCACAAGUUUUACAGAGGAGGGAUCAAGAUAUUGUAAAUGCUAUGAAUCUAAUUAAAGUCUCAAAAUGUCGUUUGCAAGUGAUGAGAGCAAAUGGUUGGGAAGCUUUGUUACUUGAGGUAUUGGAAUUUUGUGGUAAAUAUGAUAUAGCUAUAUUAGAUAUGGAGGAUGUCUAUGUAGCUAGAGGGAGAUCAAGGCGUAGAAGUGAAGAAAUGACAAAUCUUCAUCAAUAUUGUGUUGAGUUGUUUUAUUCUGUGAUUGAUAUGCAAUUUCAAGAACUUAAUAAGCAAUUUGAUGAAGUGAAUACAAAUUUGCUUUUAUGCAUGGGAUGUCUCGAUCUUAAGGACUCAUUUUUUGCAUUCGAUAUGAGCAAAUUGAUUCAACUCGCAAAAUUUUAUCCAUGUGAAUUUUCUCCAGUUACUCUAAUUGAACUUGAAUCUCAACUUGAGAACUUUGUCUUUGAUAUGCAUAUAGAUAAGAAAUUUUCUGAAGCUAGUAGAAUUGGAGGUCUUGCUGAGAAGAUGGUUGCUACAAAAAAACAUAUUAUUUUUCCUUUGGUAUAUUUGUUAAUCAAAUUAUCAUUAAUCUUACCAGUUGCUAUAGCCACAGUGGAAAGAGCUUUUUCAGCAAUGAAUAUCAUUAAAAGUUUACUUCGUAAUAGAAUGGGAGACGAGCUACUAAAUGAUUGUUUGGUGACUUACAUUGAAAGGGAUGUAUUUGCAAAUAUUGACAAUAAAGUUAUUAUGAAUAGAUUUCAAUCAAUGAAAAAUACACGAGAAUUAUUGUAA